GUUCUCGAUGCCGGCGGUCUCCAAGACCUGCAGCUCAUGCUCCCUUCGCAUAGCUCGCGCACACGUCUGUGACACCCUCCAUACCCACCGGAGGCCCUCUAGUCAUGGCAGCGUAAAGCGAUGGACGGGCAGUCGAAGAGCCGCAUCUUCCGCGACAGCCACAGCUCUCAAGCCGAAGCCUGCAGCAAACGACGCUGGACAUCGGGUACUGACCGUCCUGCACAAGACAAGGUCCUUAAUACCCCAUAUCUUACCCCAAGAGCACAUACACCGUUGGAGACAAGCUCAUUGGAUUUCUGGGAGCGUACUUUAAGCAGGACGUACGACAACCUCUGUCCUACACCAGAUGCCAAGCGGUCUGAUGGGAUCCGUAUUGCUGUGUAUGGAUGCGACGAGCUUUCGGGUGCACGAGACUUGGUCGCAGCGUUGCUGGAAGAACCAUUCGCAUCCGAGGCGCAGAGAAAAGCAGUCCGCUCUCGAUGGGAAGCACAAACCGGGUCGAAGGGUCCCAUUAUCAUUGAGAACGCGGCAAAUGCGAAUGGCGAUUCUACCCUCCGCGUACAGUCUGCGUGGCUGCAACAGUUUGGUGCCCCUAUAAAGGUCCUGGAGUUCGACGUCUGCAAUCCAGCAUCCACUCCGGUCCAUACAGUCCUAUCGGGUUCGGAAACGGUGUUGCCCCUCACCCACCCCAACGCUGUCCUGGUACUAACCUCAACAUCCGGCGACGAAAGGCUAGCUGAACGCUUGCGGGACUCCUUUGGACAUGAACUGACCGUGCUCUUCGUGGACCCGGCCCGUGCAUUGCAGGGCCUUCGGACGUUAAGCGCUUCACCAUCCUCUUCCUCCGCCGUACAGAAGUACCAGGACGAUUUCGCUGGGUCGAAUGUUCCCCAUCUCACCCAGGCGAUCUUACAGACCAUUCCUCAACUCGGGGCUCCUGCGAAGGUUCUCGAGGUGGUGCACGUAGAGACGGCCCGGGCUGUCGUCCAAGACGUGCUUUCUGCUUGCGACUCGGAGCUGGGGCGUGCCCAGGGUGAGGUCAACGUGGUAUGCGACGGCAUCAGCUCGUUACGAGCUCAGAUGGAGGAGGUCAGGGUGCGCAUACCAAGAGAGGUUCUUGGAGGCGACGAGGACGGGAACGAGGUCCAACGUGCGGUGGAUCAGUCUAGAAAAGACACCAAGGUGGUCCUUGAAAGACUGACGUGGUGGAAGUUGCUGUGGAAGGUCGACGAUGUAGGAGACAUCGUCAUGGAUGCUGUCAACCGAGCAUGGCGCAGGGACCUAGAGUACAGGCUCGUCUUCCAUGCAGGUCGACUCGCCUUCCUCCAACGCUCGUUCGUCGACUCCGCUACCUCUUUCACUGCAUCCUUCAAACCCUCUUCCGCCUUCCACUCCCCCGUCCUCCAGAACCAACUCUCACAGAUCUCCUCCUCCCCGACCUUCCCCAUGGAUUCCACCGCCUUCCUCCUGCCGCUCUACACCCGACGUCAGCAGCUCCGCUUCCCCACGGCCCGCCUACAGACAACCGCACAGCGCGUCCUGAUCGGUAUGAGCAGCAGCGUCUUGGGGGGCGCAGGCGUCGCGUGGGCGGGAUGGGCGGGGCAGUUGGGCAUCAUAGAUAUGGCGAUGCAGACGGAGACCGUGAUCGGGAUGGGCAUGCUCGGUGCGGCGGCUGGCGUCCGGUGGGCUGUGGGCCGCUUCGAGCGGGCGAAGAGCAAGUGGUUGAAGGACUACGAUAGAGUGGGUGAAGGGCUGGAGAGGGACUUGAGGGCGACGCUGGAACGGACGGUCAACGACGGGUGCUCGUCGUUUCAGAGAAGGCUUGCGAUGGAUGGGCAAGCUGUGUCGAAGCGCAAAGAGGAGAUCGAGGAGCUGAAGGAGGAAGUGGGGGUCCUUGAGGAUGAACUGAGUCGGACACACCAAUAA